UCUUUAAUUAGUCAGUGCAAAAAAAAGCAUUUAUCAUUACGAACCGCGCGACUUUGACAAUCUAUUAUUAUUACAAUAGUCGAAAAACAACAACAACAACAAGAAUGCCAUGUUGGUAUUAUGAAAAGAAAGAGAUAAAGAAUUCGCCUUCAUAUCGUGAUGGCAUUGAUUCUACAACAGAAAACCGAUACAGAAGAGAAGGGGCUAGAUUUAUAGUUGAUGCUGGUACAAAGUUAAAGUUACGAUAUGAUACUUGUGCAACAGGGGUGGUGUACUUCCAUAGAUUUUAUAUGUUUCAUUCCUUCAAAGACUUUCCGAGAUACGUUACAGCUUCAUGCUGUCUGUUCCUAGCAGGAAAGGUAGAAGAGACACCAAAAAAGUGCAAAGACAUUAUUAAAAUAUCACAAACAAUUCUAAACCCCAAACAGUUUGCUCAGUUUGGAAGCGAUCCAAGGGAAGAGGUUAUGACACUAGAGAGGAUUCUCCUGCAGACAAUCAAGUUUGACCUUCAGACUGAGCAUCCCUAUGCAUACCUCCUCAAGUAUGCCAAAAUGAUCAAAGCUGAAAAGGAGAAGGUCCAAAAGCUGGUCCAGAUGGCCUGGACCUUCAUCAAUGACAGCCUGUGUACGACACUGUGUCUGCAGUGGGAACCAGAGAUCAUCGCGACCUCUCUGAUGUACCUCGGUACCCGGCUCAACAAGUUUGAGAUCACAGACUGGGAGGGGAAGACAGCAGGGCUCAAGCAGCGCUGGUGGGAAUCCCUCGUAACAGAUCUCUCUGUCGACCUGAUGGAAGAUGUCUGCCACCAAGUGCUGGACCUAUACUCGCCAUCCAAUCAGAGGUUAGCUGACCCUGGCGACUCCCCACCCCCUCCCCCACCCAAUCAGAACGCCUCUCGCACACCAAACUCCCAGUCUGGGGAAAGGAAGAGGUCCCUGCAGUCCACACCAUCUGACCCAGUCACACCAGGGAACCAGUCUGUGAAGUCACUGAAGCAUGAAUCUGGCAAAAAACUAACUCCACAGAAGAGUGAUAAGGGGAGAGAAUCUACUAGAGGAAUCACUCAGCCUCAGCAGUCAGAUACCAGCGGAAAGGCUGGUGGGUUAGGCCCAGACAUGUACGGUAGCAACCCUUCCAACCCCCAGGCAGCCCCACCCACAAGCUACCCUCCCUCCCAGGGCAGCACAGACUACACCCAGUACAAUCCUUACGUGGCCUCGACCCAGUUCCAGGCCUCCUUCAUGUCAGGCGAGGGAGCCCAGAGCAUACAGAACAUCAUGGGUGGCACCCAGACAGCCACAUACGCCCAGGCGGUGUCCCAGAGCUAUCCCACGGGCUACACCCAACCCCCGCCCCCUGUAGCACCUGGAGGUCCCCCGCCCUUAGCAGCCCAACAGUAUGGGAACACCCAGUACCCGCCUGGAUACAACCCAACUCAGUACCCUGCCAGCGCCAUCGCCCCUGGGCCAGUCUCUAAUUCAAACAGACAAGGACAAGGUUUCCAACAACAACAACAACAGUUGCAGCAGGCCAGUGCACAGCCUCAGCAGUUUCAAGGCACGACUUACUCCCAGUUUCCUGGUGGUUAUCAGAACUAUCAGCAGCCUACACCCAGCCCAGGGGGUCAGCAGCAGCAGUUUGGAGCCCAGGGGCAGUAUAGCGCAGCACAGCAAGGGGCCAAUGCUGCCCCACGCCACAGGUCCAACCAGAGGGGCCCGCAGCCUCGACCUUCCUCUGCCCUUGCAACUGUCAGAAUCACUGGAAGGUGAAAUACUGGGACUGGUUUUGGGUGAAAUGUCAGUUCUUAUAAUCAUGUUUCUGUGAAAAUUGUUGACUGAAUCCUGUGUUUGAAGAAUGGGUCAAUAUCAGGUUAUUUGGAUAACUCGUAAAUCUUAUUGGUUUUUACGAAAAGUGAAUAAUUGUGUGCAUGUAUUUUGUAUACACUGUAACACAAAUUUUAUAUAAAAAAUGUGUUCAUAAAAAAAACUGAUAAAGGCGUUUUUUGGUUUUCUUCAGAAGAUUGGGUAUGUAUGUGUCUUACACAUUGCCAAUGUUUGAGAACUGGUAAAGUAAAUGGCAUAAAUAUGAACGAAAGACUGUCUUGGAUUUGUUUUACCAUACUGACAACCUGACCUGCAUAAUAGAAAAAUGCCUUAAAUGUGUUUUCCUGAAAGGCAUUGUGAUUGUCAUUUAAUAGAUUAUCUUUUAAAAUUUCUGAAUAAAUAAAUACAAAGCAA